CGCUUGAUUUUUCUUCUUCCCCUCACAAAUUCCAUAACACGACAUCGUUUUCUUCACCACCGAUUCCCAUAAAUCCCAAAUUCAACCGAACCCUAAUUCAUUCACACCCUCGAAUUCAGCUUUUGUUCUCACACACUGCCACAAAGCAUCAUCAAAUUCCAACACCUGUACUCCAAUUUCAUCUAACACCUUUCGAUCAAUACCCAAACCUUCACGUUUUCUCUCUUCAUUCAUACCCUAUUAUAAUAUAUAUACACACACUCAAAACCCAAAGAGAAUGGGUUCUAUAUUGAGUUCUCAGAAUACUCAGAUGAGCAAAGAAGUGAUGGAAACGUCUUUGAGUAAAGCUAAGGACCUCGCUGCUUCUUCCCCUGUCUUUCUCUUCAGUAAGACUUAUUGUGGUUACUGCAAACGGGUGAAGGAUCUGCUCAAACAGCUAGGAGCGAGCUACAAGGUCCUUGAGUUGGAUACAGAAAGUGACGGUGGUGAGAUUCAAGCAGCUUUAGCUGAGUGGACAGGACAAAGAACAGUACCCAACGUCUUUAUUGGAGGCAAACACAUUGGUGGUUGUGAUUCUGUUUUGGAGAAACACCGUGCAGGUCAAUUGGUUCCCCUUCUCAAUGAUGCUGGAGCGAUUGCUAAUAACUCUGCCCAGCUCUGAAUAGCCACAAAAUAUUUACUGCUUUUGCCCAAACUUGUGGCAAUACUUUGUAUGAAUAAACGCAAAACAAGCCUGUGUAAUAAUCCACUUUAAUUAUGUUAGUGGAGAUAUAGUUAGUUACUACUAAUAAUUCUAUUACAAGUGAAAGAGGAUCAUCUAAAAUAUUCUUGUUUUA